AUGGCACUGUCAGAUUCAGAUUCCGAUGACUCUGAUGUCUUGAUGGUCAACCCUGACGAUGUCCAGGAUUUUAACCAAGAAAAUAUUCUGCCCCUCGAAGACACUGAUCUGAAGAAGAUCAGAGAGUGGCUGCAGCCAACACCGUAUGAUCUGGAGGGCUCUGAAUUUUCACGCCACCUCGAGUCAUACCUGGCCGGUACAGGUCAAUGGCUUAUCUCCACAAACACCUAUCAGCAGUGGCAUGAAGGUGAAACGAACGGUUUGCUAUGGAUCAAAGGCAUACCGGGAUCUGGAAAAUCGGUCAUGGCUGCAUCCAUCAUCCACCAACUACGUAAAGAAAACGUGCCAGUUCUGUUUUUCUUCUUCCGACAAAUUAUCGAUGCAAACCAUCAACCAGUUGCAGUCCUGCGGGACUGGUUGUGCCAACUCCUCCCCUUUAGUCCGAGCUUGCAGAUGAAAUUGAAGAAGGAAUACCUCGACAAUACACGCUCUAUCGAUAGUCUAGCUGUGAAUGAUCUGUGGAAAGAUAUCCGUUUUGCUCUCACUGCCAUCCCCAAGGCUUACUGUGUCGUCGAUGCCUUGGACGAAAUGGACCAAGGUAAUGAUGAAUUCCUCCAGGCUUUGGUACAGUUCAGCCAAUGGCGCCCCGCCAACAUCAAGGUUUUGAUGUUGUCGCGCCCGGUCGUUGCAGUGGAGUCGCCUUUGAGACCAUUCAAUGUGCCCGUUCUGCCCUUGGAUGAGCGGCUGGUCGAUAUCGAUAUCGCUGCAUACGUGCAGCAUCGACUGCGAAAUUCACCCGUACCUGAGGAGUUUUGGACUCGCAUAACUGAAGCCGUUCCCGGCCGAGCGAAUGGUCUGUUUCUGUAUGCCAGGCUUUCCAUGGAUGCAUUCUCGAAACCUGGCGCCGAUGCCGGAGAUGUGCUCGGCAAGUUGCCCAUCAACCUGAACGUGAUGUAUGACGGCCUACUCCGCGACCAUGCGGAGCACUCCAAUAUCCCCAAAAACCUUCAGAUCCUUAUACUGCAAUCCAUUACACAUGCCACUCGCCCUCUUCGACUUCUCGAAGUUGCUGAGAUGAUCAAAGCGACCCAUGCUCCACUUGGAUCAUCUAACUUGAAAGAGAUCAAGAGUAUUGUCCGAGCGGCCUGUGGUCCCUUGCUUCAGAUUCUUCAUGACGAAACCGUGUCAGUGGUUCACCAUUCUUUGACUGAAUUCCUCAAGGGAGUCACUCGCUCUGCUGUCAUUGAUGAAUUAGCUUUCCCAAUUCUGGAGGCCGGCCCAACUAACCAUCGACUUGCUGUCGCAUGCUUGGAUUACCUCAUGUCUGGCUGCCUAGAAAGCAUUGAUGUCAAGAAGCGCAAUAAGCGUGACGAAUACUUCAAUCCUAAAAAGAUCCAGCAGAGUGAGGUUCGCCUGAAAUUCCCAUUUCUUGAAUAUGCAGCGAGCAAUUGGUACAUUCAUACUCGCCGUGCUGCUUUGACUGGGAUGGAUCUAUCAUCCCUUUACUCGGUGAUUGACAAAUUUUUCGGAAGUAAGAAACAGUUCAUCGCUUGGUUGGACAUCGACUGGCCGGAAGUCUCUAUUCAAGGUGUCACUCCGCUUCAUGCUGCUGCCAAGUGCGGGCUAGCUCAGUACGCCGCGCACUUGUUUCAAAAGGGCAACGUCGACCCAAAUGCUCAGAACCACAAUGGGGAUACGCCUCUUUACUGGGCUGCCUCUGGUGGCCAUGCGGAUGUUGCACAAUCUCUCAUUCAGAACGGGGCUGAUCCGGACGGCGAAGCGAAUCAAGGAUACAAGCCUCUUCAUGAGGCCGCCGACAAAAACCACGCUGAUGUCAUCAAAGCCUUGCUUGCUGCUGGUGUUGAUCCAAUGACGCCGAAGACAAAAGAAAGACCUGGCAGGCGCUGUGGCAAUGCACCGACAUCAAUUGGACAGACUCCAUUGAUGUACGCAUGUAACAAUGGUCACCUCGAGGCAGUAACUGAGUUUUUACCCUAUCUAUCAGAGGCCAACAUCAUGAAAGCCCUCGGCUGGCUUUCGGGCUCAGGACACGCGGCCUGUGUGUCACUCGUUCUUCGAAAAAACGUUGUGGACAUGAAAUCAAACUUCGGGGCGAGUCUUUUGUUCAAAGCCUGCUUGAAUGGUGACCUAGACACAAUCAAGGUUCUUGUUGAAGCAGGUGCGGAUCCCAAUAUUCGCUGUUUGUAUCCAAACAACAAGCUUGGGAUGCGUUAUCCAAGGAGAGCCCCUUUAAAGCCAGAUGAGCCCAAGGGCUUCACUGCUCUACAGGCUUUGAGUGGAAUCAAAGAACGGGGCUCACCUCGCCAGAUCCCGCUGGAAUGUGUUUCAGUCCUCCUCCAAGCUGGCGCUGAUGUUCACAUGACGUGCGAGGAUGAUGGAAAAACAGCUUUGCACUUUGCCUGUGCAAACAACAUCGAUAUCGUCCCACUUCUCCUGGAGGCAGGAGCGGACCCUUACGCCAAAACCGACAGGGGAGCCACCAUACUACACACUGACGGAACGACUGACAGGAAGCUACUUCCCGUCCUGCUUGAUUCGACAGCUGUUGAUAUCAGUAGAAUGAUACUGGAGAGCAAUGGCGGACCCUUGUUCACUCGUCUUCGCGGUUACGAUAUGAAAAGCGCAAUUGAGAUGCUAAAGUACACCACGGACCUGAAUCUGACCGAACCGAACGGCAAUGGCUUUCUCCAUGUGUUACUUGAUCAGUCUCAUCAUACUGAUCAAGAUACUGCGCUUGAUGCCUUGCUAUCCGCUGGCGCUGACCCGAAUCUUCAAAACAAAAAAGGCGAAACGCCCCUGCAUACAAUGAGCCGCGAAACCAAAGUUGACCUAAUGUCUAAGUUGGUCAAGGCAGGUGCAGAUCUUGAGAUCCGGGAUCUGAAUGGUGAAACACCACUGUUCAAAAGUCUUUCCGGGCAUUACGGCAUGUCCAGUUUUGUCAAAAGCCUCUUGAGCCUAGGCGCCCGACUGGACACGCGGGACAACAAGGGCCGUACUCUUUUCCACGUAUUGGCGUCCAAGGGUGAUUCUCUGGACGAGUUGAUCAAGAUGAUUGAUUUUGACCCUUCAGUCGCCGAUCAUGAAGGCAAUACGCUUGCCCUUGAGGUCGCCUUCCAAAGUGGUACUUCGGAAAAGCUGUCAACGUUCAAACAUCUCAAAAGUCUCGGGGUUGAUAUUGGCCAUCCUAAUUCCCACGGGUGGACAGUCUUGCAUCAAAUGUCCUCCUAUUCUCGGAAUCAUUGUCACGGGAGUCCUGCUACGGAGACAACUUUUGACUAUAUCCUCGCAGAAUCCAAGAACAAAAGUCCCCCGGAUACAGAUGGGAUUCAGCCUUUGCAUAUUGCCGCCGCGCUGUCAGCAGGUAAAGUGUUUACGCUUCUCUGCGCCGGGGCUAAUAUGUUCGCCGUCACAAACGAAGGCAUGACAGUCCUUCAUGUCGCAGCUAGAUCCCGAAAAGCCGACAUAGUUGGUCUUGUCCUUUCCAGAAUGGUCGACCUUGAUGAAGAAACACGGAUCGCCUUCAUCAAUCGCAAAAAUGCGGAAGGAGACACGGCACUUCACUACGCGUGCAGCUCUGGUCAAUGCGAGACUGUCGAUCUUUUGUUAGAUGCUGGCGCAGAUCCCAACCUGCCGGGCAAGGAUGGUUAUACUCCAUUGAGAGCAUGUGUCAAUUUUGAAAAGGAAGAAGAACGACGGGAUCAAAUUGGCAAUAUCGAGGACACCAAGGCUCUCAGAGCAGCCAGCAUCUGGCUUGGUAUCCGAAGCCUACCACCGGCAAAAGAUCAGACUGAGGACAAAUCCAGGCAGUCUCAAGUGGAAUACAUGAAUCACAAGGCUGCUUCAGGCACGACUCGUCUAGAUGAGAUUCUGACAUCAUUGGCACUGCGAAGCAAAACCCCUGCUUUAGACAAAGAAUCGCUUUUGGAAGCAUUCCAAGAAGCAGUAUCCAAUCAACGCGACUAUACCGCGGAGUGUUUCCUCCGGCUGCAGAAGCGUGUUUUCCCUGACCUGAACCUGAUGGAAGGGCCGGAUGGCGACGGCUUUGCCCUGUGCAACAGUCGGCUCCAAGCCGAAAGAUUGUCUCUCAAGGAGAGAGAAAGGUCGCUACUGGAAUUCACGAAAGCAAAUGGUGGAAGCCUCAAUAUCCACUACGAGCAAAUGAUUCGGUAUCUUCGUCUUCGGCAAUACGGUCUAGUCGAGGAAAUGGCUUCACAAGCCGAUAUCCUCCGGCUAGAGUACUCCAAUAUCUCUCUUGUUCAUUUUCUUGUGGAUGAUGGGCUUUCAGAACUCUUGGGUCGUGUCUGCACUCCAGAGCAGGCUCAAAAGUUUGAUGACCCCAAAUGGUGCGAGUACAAUGAGAAUAACUGUACCCGCGAGGGUUCUCGCAUGCGUGGCAACAAUAGGACAGUGCCGCUCCUGGUGCACGCAUGCAACCGUGACUUGCCAAAUAUGAAAGUGGUCCGAACACUUGUGGAAAAUAUGGGGGUGAACAUCGAUGCAAAGUACAGGUCAAGAAGAUGGGUUGACGAUAGGCAUAAGAACGUGCUGGAUGGUGCCGUUCUACAUAACCUCGCUCAUGGCAGUACUUGGUGGAGCGUGCAUCAGGCUUUGCCAUACCUGAUCAGCAAGGGUGCAAAUCUGGAGCUGGGCAAUGACAAGGGGGAUACACCUUUGCAUAUCGCCCUCGACUACAACAAGUCCAAAGGCGUCUUUUACAGAGAUUCUGUGGACAUCCUUUUGGAUCAUGGCGCAGAUGUCAACGCCGUCAAUGCCAACGGGGAAACCUGCCUUUCAAAGGCUGGCGCUGAUAUUGACUUGGUCAAUUUGCUUCUGUCUCGUGGCGCCACAAUUACUGCCAAUGCCAUCUUCGCCGCCAUUCAGCUUGGCAACGUUGAUUUGCUGGAGCUCUACCUCUCCCAUGGUGAUGUCGCCAACAUGCGACGGCCUGCGCCAAAGGUCCUUGAUUGGCCUGAUAGAACCGAAGACCCCAAAAUCUCAACUGCUGAGCAGUACCCUUUGUUCUUUGCAGCAACUCACAGAUCCGUUGGUUCCUCCCCUGAGAACAAGUCAAAUGUUGAUCCCAUCCGAACUGCCAUGAUGGUAGCGCUUCUCCGGAAUGGUGCAGACCCAUACGCUACAUUCAUUGAGCUCCAUCCAGUAAAAGAUGACUCUCUCAGUGAUAGCGAAGAUUCGGACUCGAUUGAUCUGGGUCCUGGUCCCAUAGAACGAUGGGAACCCGAAACCCGCACUGUCAUCCAUGAGAUCUUGGCUCGAGCGAAAACGGACGUGUUGGAGCCACUGCUUCAACUGCCAUCUCUCCAACUGGAAUGCCGAGAUUGCAAAGGGAGAACUUUGAUCCUUUGUACCACUGAACCCGACGUGAUUCGGCGCCUUGUCGACCGCGGGGCCGACCUUACCGCUCAAGACAAAUCUGGCAAGACCAUUGUUCACGCACUCGUACAACACUCAGCUAAGGAAGAAAUCAGCAUAAUGCGAGCUCUCCUUGACAAGGAUCCUAGCAUUGUGCAGAAAGGGGAUGAAGCCGGUGAUACCCCGCUCCACUAUGCGCUUCGCGAAAAUUUCAUAACGUUCGAACAUGUCGAUCUACUACUCGGAUACGGUGCAGAUCCGCACCAACCCGAUUCGAAUGGCGAUACAGCUCUCCAUAUCCUUUGCAGAAAGGCAUCGGAACACAAGGCACGCAUUGAGCAGUUCUUGGCCUUCGGUCUGGACAUCAACGCCCGCAACAAGAAAGGCGAAACUCCACUCAUGCAGUAUCUUGCAGAGGGCGGAUUACGACACAAUUUGUUCUCAUACAUUGGCGACAGUUCUAAGGACAAUGACAGCCUGCUCUUCCUCCAGCGUCUGGGUGCAGAUUUCCACGCACGAAACGACGCGGGGAUGUCGAUGCUUCAUAUCGUUGCUGGGAGGACGUUGCGCAAUGCUCAUAUUGCUCGUGAUAAUGAGCUCAAAGAUCAACAUGAAAACCUUGUCAGCUGGUUCAAUUUCAUCAUGGGCUUGGGUGUCGAUCCUAUGGUUGAGGAUGCUCAACAGCGAACUUCUUUGGAUCACGCUGCUGCUUGUGGCAAUGAGCAUAUCUUGAAACUGUUCAAGCAGAAGGACGCUCAGGGGUGA